AUGACAGCCACACGAAAAGCUCUUGUCUUAUUUAUGAUUAUUAUGUUUAUGGCAAUUCACGUGCAUGGACAUAAUUCUUCGCCCGACCAUGACCGAUUACGGUUCCGAACUUCACUUAUUCAACGCAAUUCAGUACUAUCUAAUCCUCCUUCCCCUACGGCUGCACCUGGUAAACCAAGUCCAUUGGUGUAUGACGUGACAUCAUACGGUGCAGACCCGUCGGGGGUAUCAGAUAGUACAGAAGCACUUCUUGCAGCAAUAUCAGAUGCACUUAAUGGUCCAAGCAAUGGAUUUUUGUUCGAGGGAAUAGUUAAUCUUGGUGGUGCACAGAUUAAUCUUCAAGGUGGGAAUUACUUGAUCAGCCGUCCGUUACAAUUUCCGGUAGCCGGAAGAGGUAAUCUAGUGAUACAUGGAGGAACAUUAAAGGCAUCGAACGAUUUCCCAGUCGACGGCUAUUUGAUUGAUUUAUCACCUUCCUCGAACAAUGGAUCAUCAUCGGCAUAUAACUAUGAGUUUAUAACGCUAAGAGACCUGUUGUUGGACUCAAAUUAUAGGGGCGGAGGCAUUCAAGUUGUGAAUUCUCUUAGGAUUAGCAUUGACAAUUGCUAUGUCACCCAUUUUACAUCGAAUGGUAUCCUAGUCCGAAGCGGUCAUGAAACAUACAUUCGGAGCUCGUAUCUUGGCCAACACAUUACAGCAGGAGGAGAUCCAGGCGAAAGAAACUUCUCCGGGACGGCAAUAAACUUGAUGGGCAACGACAAUUCUGUCACAGACGUCAUAAUUUUUUCUGCCGCCAUUGGAAUCAUGGUUUCUGGUCAAGCCAAUACACUUUCCGGGAUACAUUGUUACAAUAAGGCAACCGGAUUUGGCGGUACUGGUAUCUAUCUGAAAUUGCCAGGAUUAACUCAAACUCGCAUUGUGAAUUCCUACCUUGACUUCACUGGUAUCGUUGCUGAAGAUCCAGUCCAACUCCACAUAUCAAGUAGCUUUUUCUUAGGUGACGCAUACAUUCUUUUGAAAUCUAUAAACGGCGUGAUGAACGGAGUAAACAUAGUGGACAACAUGUUUGCCGGAUCUGAUAAAGGGAUCGAUAUCGUUCAGUUGGAUCAACAGAAUGGGGCAUUCAAAGAGGUUGAUCAAGUUGUUAUAGAUCGUAACAAUGUGAGAGGAAUGAAGCUGAAAGCGACAGUAGGAAGACAAAGUGUACAAGGAAAUGGUAGCUCAUGGAUUGCGGACUUGAAUUCAAUUUUCGUGUUUCCUAACCUUAUUAAACGGGUACAAUACACAUUCAUCGCAACGGGGAAUUCCUUUCCAAAUCAUGCUCUGCGAAAUGUAUCGAAUAACCAAGUUGUGAUUCAGUCGGACGUGGCUGUUCCAGCAACCGUUUUCGUUACAGCGGAUCAAGGAAAUUCCUUCUGA